AUGUUCGGGCAUCUUGCUUUUCCACAAAAUACUUUGCAAUUGAGUCGCACAUUUCCGAUAAAUUUUGCCUAUCUUAAAUCCAAGAGGAUUCCAAACCUUACCAGUCUUUGGAUAAAUUCACAUUCGUUUCAUUGUUCUGCCAUCAACAUUAUCGAAGAUUCCUCUAAGAAUGUGACCAAGGUCAUUAUUAAAAAACCCCAUCGAUACACGCGAAAAUUUCGAAAGGUCAAACCUUCAUCUCCAGUGACAUCACCAACCCCAUCACAACUAUUCUCAAAUAGAUUGAAGAGUCUAUUAUUUAAUGCAAAUAAUAUAGGGAACGUACACGAAGAAAACAAAUGCAACUCCAAAACCAGCUUAAAGAAAGAAAUCAUAAGUACCUAUAGCGAAAGCGAUAAAAACAGUGUGGGUGAUGAAAGUGCCUUCAAAAACGUUGUUUUUGUUUGCGAUAAGUCCAGACUUAACACAAGAACAAUAAAAAAAUCAAUACACGAACAAAGUCUAGUGGAAAGAAGAAAAAGGUCUGACCGAUACGAGAGAAAUAAACUUAGAUUUAAAGAUUAUAGGGAGAUUAAUUUUGAAUUGUUAAAAGAUUUUCCACGAUGGUUAAAAGGGUUGAAGUAUAAAAAGUACGCAUGGUGCUUCGAAUCAAUGAAUUGGAGAGAAAUUAUUGAGUUGGAUGAGUUGGGGUUAAUAAAGAGAGGUGUUUAUAGAUUGGUUGUGAGAAGAAAUCUGUUGAUGGAAUUUAUGCACAUCAAAAAGGUUUUGGCAGAUAUUAAUAGAAAGGGCCUGACGAUCGCGGAUGAUUCCUCGCCAGUACAGGCAUCUUCCAAUGCCAUAUCAUUGCAUGCGUCGUCAAAUCCUCUGCCGGUACAAUUAUCUUCAAACACUUUGCCAAUACAGUUAUCCCAGGCAAUAACAAACCACCAGAUUGAACUGGAUUCCUCUUCCACCUCAUCAAAAGUUGAUGAUAAGGAAAAUGUGAACCUUCAGAGAAAUCAGCAAAGUCUUGAUGAUCUGAUGUCAAGGAAAGAGGAAGAGGCAACACGUGAUGUUGUUCACGACGAGCUUCUCAGCCAAUUGUAUUUUUGUUUGAUUCGACAUAGAAAUCAGAAGUAA